UUCGGUAACUAUGACAAUCUUCAUCGUCCUCAGCCAAUCACAAGCCUUCAUAUCCGUCUCUGAUACACGUUUAACGCCAUCUUGAAAAUACACCCGCAGUUUGUCAAGUCUCAAAUAAAGAGGCACGACUGUUCUUCUCAUCGGUGUGUUGGUGUCCGGCAUGAACGGUUCCCGAAACAAACCACCGGCACCGGCACUGAACAAAAGUCAGACGGACGCAGACGCCUCGGAGACGAAGCACAGGGAUAAAAAGACAGCUGGAGGAAUGCUGAAGAAGCUGAAGUCGAGGCGCAGUCAGACGGAGAAGUGGCCCGUGGUCACUGAGGAUGAACUCCGGGCUCUGGCUGGAGAUAUCUCCCCGGAUCAUGUCCUGGGUCUCCGGGCUGUCACGGAGGAUUAUCUUUGCAAACCUGAAGACAACAUCUACAACGUCGACUUCACUCGUUUCAAAAUCAGAGAUCUGGAGACGGGAACGGUGCUGUUUGAGAUAGCCAAACCUCCUCACAGCGGUCCUGUGGAUGGUGAAGAUGAGGUUGGAGAUGUAGACACCAGUGCAGGGCGCUUUGUGCGAUAUCAGUUCACACCAGCCUUCCUCAAACUUUGCACUGUUGGUGCAACUGUGGAGUUCACAGUGGGCGACCAACCAAUCAACAGCUUUCGAAUGAUCGAGAGGCAUUACUUCCAGGGACGCCUUCUCAAAAACUUUGACUUCGACUUCGGCUUUUGCAUCCCCAACAGCCGCAAUACAUGUGAACACAUUUACGAGUUUCCACAGCUUCCAGACGACCUGAUUCGCCAAAUGGUAGCACAUCCUUACGAGACCAGAUCGGACAGUUUCUACUUUGUCGACAACAAACUCAUCAUGCACAAUAAGGCAGAUUAUGCGUAUAACGGCGGUUUGUAAUACCUGAGAGAGAAAAAGUGUGCAAUACUUCACAGGGGAUGGAUUUCAUGGAUUGCUACUCUCCAAAAGCUUCUUUUUGGGGACAGAAAGUAUUCCCUCCUUCUGUGGACAUUCCUAUGAACAUAACACAUUGGUCAGAAUCAUUGGAACACAUCUGCCUUCAAAUGAAAUCAUGGAGUCGAUCAUCAGUACCUCAUGGAGCUUAGUUUCUUGGACUCUGAGGAAUGUUAAAUAUCUCUCUGUCAAAGCUGACUGAAACCUUUUUUGUUUUGUCUUACGGUUUGUCAUCAUGAGUAGAAUGUUACUGCUUGAACACUUUUGCCUUAAGUAUCUCUGCUGGAAAGGGACACUUUAAAGCUGUUUUCACACACGCAUUCAUUAAACUUCUAGAAAUGUGUCCCCCACAGCAUGAACUUUUCCCUGACCAACAGAGGACGAGUUCUCAGGAGAAAAGACAUGACAUAGAAAAGAUGCUGCUAAACCAGCAGCAGAGACCAACACUAUAUCGACAGUUUGUUGCCUUUAUAUAAAUGUUACGUGUAAUUGGAUGUAUCCACCAUAUCAACCAGCAAGUGGAAGAAAAAAAACACACUGGCAAGAAAAAAA